AUGAGUGAGAGAAAGAAGCCAAGACAAGCUACGCUUUUCUCCUUCUUCCGUCAACCAUCAAAGGAGAAGAAAGACCAAAGUUUUGCAGAGAAAUCAAAGAAGACGCCCUGGAAGAGAAAUGAGAAACAAGCGCAGCAACCGAGUGUUACAAGCAAUCAUGAUUAUCAUGAUGCUUCGUCGCCGACCACAACAGAUGUUCGAGCACGACCUGUUGUCUCUCCCAUUGAGGCAACCAUUGACAACGAUAAUACCAUGCGUGAUACCAAUACUCGAAAGAGACCAAGACCAAAGCCAUCCGCCGCCAAACAGUAUCGACUAGAUGGAGUGCAAUCAAUUUCGUCGAACCAGCACAGCCCAUUCAAGUUAAACGAGUUGGGUCUGACUGGCAACGACAAGCUGAAACAGUCCAAGGAUGAUAGUUCACAGCAGCAAGAUGAGGUUUCUACUGUCACCAAUCCGAUUCAAAAUCAAAGCGAGGAAAACGUGUCCAGCGAUGAUGAUUCCGAAAAUGAUGAAACGGAAGGAAUGUCUGCCUACGAACUCUUGCGCCAACGAAACAUUGAACGAAAUAAUGCCCGCUUGGCAAGUUUGGGGCUGUUAAACUCGGCAUCCUUGGAAUCAGUGAAGCAACAAACGAAGAAGAAACCCCGUCGAGCCAGGAAAACGCCUAGCACGGCCAAGGCUCCUUGCAUACCCACUCGAAGGUCCACACGGUCAAGACGAAAUGUAUUGGACGCUACAGCAGCUGCCACUGCAUGUCUAGACAUUGUCACUGAAGAAUCAUCACACAAUGCAGAUGACAAAGCGGUGGAACAAGAAGAGGAGGAAACCUAUACCGUGUCACCUCUUUUGCAAUAUGCCAUGGGGGUAGAAUCAUCAACAUCUUCAUCAUCAAGCAAGACAACAACAAAUGGAAGCGUCGAUUUCCCUAGUAAUGAUUGUGCUACUACGUCAGUUUUAGAUUGUGGUGUCACAUCUACUACAACAAACACUACCACUAUUGUUGGAACAGACUGCUCAUCAUCAUCUCUUCACCCCAUGGGUCCAAGAUUGGUUCCACCCACGGGUCUGAAAGCCAUUUAUUCGCUCGACUUUUCGGAACCCUUUCACAGCCAUCAUCCUACGUGGCUGGUGGGUGCUGGAAAAGCAGGAAUUGUUGCCCUUUGGGACUGCAAUGGUAAUGAUAAUGGAGGUUGGUCUUCCACUAGGGCACACAACAACGAAAUGGGCCAAGAAGAAACAGAAUGCAUUGACCCAGCUCUUACAUGGAAGGCACACAAUGGGCGCUGGAUUGCUGAAGCUCGGUUCUUGCCGUCCAUGGCAUCAUCUUUGACGAGUCCCUCUCGACUUGUCACUGCCGCCAAUGAUGGCAAGCUUUGUCUGUGGGAUUUGUCAACGGUAUCCGUUCGGUCGGGAGCACCCAAAUUGUUGAGUCAAUCGGGUGCCGAUUUGCACACGAGCGGCAUUUUUGCCAUGGAUGUAGCAACAUGGUCAUCAUCGUCCAGUGAUGAAAUAAUGAUCGCAACGGGAUCCAAAGACAAGUCCGUGGCGCUUUCGGUCCUUGGAGGAGGAGCAUCCAACAAUGACUUUCGGCCCAUUUGGAAAUCCAACGUUCCUACGGCCAAAGUAGGUGCAGUGAGACUCCAUCCCACUCGCAGUUCCAUUCUGGCGUCGGCAUCCGAUGACGACUUGGUAUCUGUUCACGACUACAAAUGUGGGGAACAGAAUGGAUUGGUCGUCCAACUGGAAAAUGCACACCAUCGACCCCAUUCGGUGGUCUGGGAUCCACAACAUUCCGACCUGUUAAUGACAGCUGGGCUGGACAAGGAAAUUAAGAUUUGGGACAUUCGUUCCACCAAAGAACCAAUCGUUGUGCUGCAUGGUCAUGUUCCAGAGAAUACACCGAGGUGCAAGCGGAUUCAUCAUCCAACCUUUUAUUAUCCUGAGAGAAGAAGAAGAGAUGACGGCGCCAGCUCGUUUGUUUUGUCGGGUGGAGAGCGCAGUCAGGCUCUGUCCAUGUUUCAUCACGAUGUGCCUGCCAAAGAAGACAAAAGGGAAAUCUCUUCUAGAAUGUUGUAUUCGAGAGGAAAGUUGCCGGUUGAUUGUGGUGAUGCCGGUUGCAUUGCUGUGAAUGACAACAAGGUUGCCGUUUCGGUUGACGGCGGUGAAAUCUUGAUUCUUUCUCCAAUCUAUCACGACGACAAGAAGCAAUGA